GCCGCCGCCAUGUUGUCUUCAUGUCGCGCCGCCCUCUCUGCAUCCGCUGUCAGGCGACCUCUCCAGCGAUGCAACGUCCGGCGGACUUCGCCUCUCCUGCGGCAGCUCUCCAGCGAAGCCACGCGUAGUGCGGACUACGGAACGAAAUAUGCGGAGAAGCUGCAGAAGCGCGCUGAAGAACAAGGUAAAACAGUAGAUGCUCUCCUGCUAGAGCUGAGGGAACAAGAGAAGGAGAAGCGGAAGCAGAAAUUGGCUCUCGAGGCCCAGCAGCAGGGGUCGAAACCUGCUGGCGCUGCAGGUACUUCACCGUCUGUGGCGUCAUCAUCGACUAGCCCUUCUCCCGGUCGUAGAGAUAGCUCUCCCAUCAAGCCUCUGGACAGCAUCAUCAGGCUGGACAGGCUCUGGAAGGGGCCGGUCAACUCAGAGGCCAUCUCACAUCUAUGGAAUGCGUAUCAUUCUUCGCGCUCCGGAGGGACGGGUCGCGGCUUCGUGUCUGCCUCCAUACCGGUCGCAGCAUACAACAGGAUGCUUGACGUCGCCACGAAGUACCCCAAAUUUGUCGUGCCCUUACGACGACCAAAGCCCGAGACGGAGGAGCCCACUGAGGACAAGUCCGCGUACGAGCUCUAUUUCAUGGAAUGGGGAUUUCACGGUUCGCCACCGGAGCCAUCGGCCAAGCUCGAUCCCUUCGCGCCUCCCAAGCCCUCGGCCAAUCCCCAGACGAGCACGGUCCUCUUUACGCCCCUGCAAGAGUACAAGCUCCGUCAGACCUUUGCCACGCCAUACCUUGUAAUCACGCAAUAUACUGACUUGGCCCAAUCCCACGGCGUUGUCCUCAUGCGAGGCGAGAUCACGCCUUCUUCCACAGGUGCCCCUGCAGGUGCCAGUGAUGGGCGUUACAUGCUGAGCCAGGAAGACGCUCACAUGCUUAGUGUCGUCAUCCAAAAGUUCUAUUUGUGGCCGAGUAACGAGAACGAACGGACGAAGCUGCUACGUGCAUUCCACGAGACGCCAGCGGAAUUCGAGUGGGAAAAGUUGUUGGCUCAUGCAGAUUUCCUUAUGUGUCGCACGUAACGCAAUUGAUUUCUAUGGUCCUGCCCUUGAGAGAAUGAC